CCCCUCCCCCAUCCUCUCCACACCCCUCCCCUCCCUCGUACUCCACUCCUUCCUUCCUCCUCUUCCAACCACCGAAACCUGAGGACCACCGCCCGGAUUUUUCGCCCACCACCGAGAAAUCGCGGCCGACCCGUGCCCUCCGAUUCUGCUCUUUUUUCGUCUUCCACUGUCCACCGCGUACAGCACAACUUCCAACGCUCAACAUCACCGCAUCUCUCACAACUUUCAACACAAAAGAAACAAACAUCGCCAACCGCCUCCGACACCGUCCCGGCAUCAAAUUCAACCAAGUCCGACCCCUUUUAUCCCGUCGCCUCUUCGGCCGCUGUGGGCAUCGUUCCGCAAACUCCCCCCGUCGCGUUCUGCCCCCCUUCCUGGGGCCUUGACGCCGCCGCCCGCCCUCGCCCGCUACCUCCUGCCUGGGGGUCUCGCCUUUCUGGAGCCACCCUUCUCCAUAAUCUCGGCGCGACGGGUCGUCUUUUCUCUGCGUCACCCGGCCCCAAAACUCUCUUCUCUUCCGGAGCCCCCCUCAACAAAACACUCCUCCUCCCGCGACCUUGA